AGAGAGAGAGAGAGAGAGAGAGAGAGAGAGACCAGCACUGUAAACCUUUUCACCAAAUACUGGACGCCGUUUAGAGACGUGGACACCGCAGUUUGAGUUAAAUUAGAUGAUAAAAUUUGAAUGAAGACGUGAUUAAACAGAACACGUCGCGCGGAGAGCUGCUAGGUCGACGUAAAGAGAAACAGGACGUCUGAUCGUCAUUCACACCGUACUGUAAUCUGCGGAUGAGAGACACUGUUUAAACGGCUGUGGACCCACAGCUCAGCCGAACCGCUCCGGUUUUGCUUACCGGAGAAGCAGCGGGGAGAAAAACCACCAAACUGUCAACAUGAAAUUCACCGAGCAUCUUUCAGCUCACAUCACACCGGAGUGGAGGAAACAGUACAUCCAGUAUGAGGCUUUCAAAGAGAUGCUGUACGCUGCUCAGGACCAGGCGCCAUCUAUUGAAGUCACAGAUGAGGAUACAGUCAAGAGGUACUACGCCAAGUUUGAGGAGAAGUUCUUUCAGACGUGUGAAAAAGAGCUGGCCAAAAUCAACACCUUCUAUUCCGAAAAGCUGGCUGAGGCCCAGCGGCGGUUCGCCACCCUGCAGAACGAGCUGCAGUCCUCUCUGGACGCCCAGAGGGAGAGCUCGGCCAACGGGCGGGGCCUGAGGAGGAGGAAGACGGUGUUCGCCCUCUCACAGCAGGAGAGAUGCAAACACAGGAACAUCAAGGACCUGCAGCUGGCCUUCUCAGAGUUUUACCUCAGCCUCAUACUGCUCCAGAACUAUCAGAACCUGAACUUCACAGGUUUCAGGAAGAUCCUGAAGAAACAUGAUAAGAUUUUGGAGACAUCGAGGGGGGCAGAAUGGAGGUCGGCCCAUGUUGAAGUGGCUCCAUUUUACACAUGCAAGAAGAUCACCCAGCUCAUCUCUGAGACAGAGACUUUGGUCACAACAGAGUUGGAAGGAGGUGACAGACAAAAGGCCAUGAAGAGGCUGAGGGUGCCUCCACUGGGAGCUGCUCAACCGGCUCCUGCCUGGACCACCUUCAGAGUGGGUCUUUACUGUGGAGUGUUCCUUGUCUUAAUAGUUGCUGUGGUCAUUACAGGAGCUGUGGUGAUUAAUCGUUCUGAUAUCUGGCCCAUGGUCAGGAUCUACAGAGGAGGAUUCCUGCUGAUAGAAUUCCUCUUCCUGUUAGGGAUCAACACGUACGGAUGGAGGCAGGCUGGAGUUAAUCAUGUCCUCAUAUUUGAACUCAACCCCAGAAGCAAUCUGUCCCACCAGCACCUGUUUGAGAUUGCAGGCAUGUUAGGGGUGUUGUGGUGUGUCAGCCUGCUGGCCUGCCUCUUCAGCAAAAGCAUCCAUUUCCCAAUGCAGGCCAACCCUCUGAUUCUCUAUGGUGUCUUCCUGCUGUUCCUCAUCAACCCCUUCAAAACCUGUUACUACAAGUCCCGAUUCUGGCUGCUUAAACUCUUGUUCAGAGUGGUCACGGCUCCGUUUCACCGUGUUGGCUUCGCAGACUUCUGGUUGGCCGACCAGCUCAACUCCCUGGUGGUGGUUCUAAUGGAUCUGGAGUACAUGAUCUGUUUUUACAGCUUCGAGCUGGACUGGACUGACCGUAACGGGCUGAUCAGCCACGGUAACGAUGUGUGUAACUCCUAUUCCUACGGUGUUCGGGCGGUGAUCAAGUGUCUUCCUGCUUGGUUUCGGUUCGUCCAGUGUCUGCGACGUUACCGUGAUACCAAGCGGGCCUUUCCUCAUCUGGUUAAUGCUGGGAAAUACUCCACCUCUUUCUUCGUUGUCACCUUCUCUGCCCUUUACAGCACACACAAAGCUCACCAUGGCAACCCGUCAGGUGAAGCCAACACCGAAGCUCAGAUCUUCUUCUACCUGUACAUCAGCUGCUUGGUGGUCAGCUCGCUGUACACCCUCAUUUGGGACCUGAAGAUGGACUGGGGUCUGUUUGACCGCAACGCUGGAGAAAACACAUUCCUGAGGGAGGAGAUCGUUUACCCACACAAGGCCUAUUACUACAGCGCCAUCUUGGAGGACGUCCUCCUGAGGUUUGCCUGGAUUUUAACCAUCUCCCUCACCACGCUGACUAAUUAUCAGGACAUGUCUGACAUCCUGGCCACAGUGCUGGCUCCAUUAGAGGUCUUCAGACGGUUUGUGUGGAACUUCUUCCGACUGGAGAAUGAACAUCUGAACAACUGUGGUGAGUUCAGGGCCGUCAGAGAUAUCAGCGUCGCUCCGCUUAACGCUGAUGACCAGACGCUGCUGGAGCAGAUGAUGGACCAGGAGGACGGAGUCAGGAACCGGCAGGGCAAGAAGAGUUGGAAGAGAAGCUACAGCAUGAGUCUACGCCGGCCCCGACUGGCCUCACAGUCCAAGACUCGUGACACCAAGGUCCUGAUCGAUGACACCGAUGAUGACUCCUGACAUCAGGCCACGCCCCUCGCCUGGGUCCAGAAUCUGUUCAAAGGAGGAAACUCUGCCUCCUAAAUGAGAAAUUACCCAGUGAGCGGGCGUUGAACCCUCAGACUGAGUUUGGAACUCAUCAUUUUCCCUCCAAUGCAUGAGCCUCUGCCGGGGCUCCAAAUCAUUCAAGGGGAGGUUUGACUUAAACCUUCUGACCAAUCAGAUCAGCUCCACGGCCAUCUUACCUUCAGUCACAACAGGCGGUGGGCUUAUCACCAAAACCCCCCCUCGCCCGCCUGGACAUUGCCUCAGAGCCUCAGCAUGAACAACACAACUAACCAGAGCCGACCGCCGCCAUGUUUCAGAGCCACAUGAUUCCACCACAGAGGACGCUCCCCACCUCCUGAUGUCCAUCAUUCCUUCAGUUCCCAGCAUUUCUCAGCAACCCCCAGCUGAUCCCAGCAACUCUCAGAUGAUCCCAGCAACUCUCAGCAGCCCCCAGCAGCCCCCAGCAGGUCCCAGCAACUCCCAUCAAACCCCCAGCUGAUCCCAGCAACUCUCAGCAGCCCCAAGCUGAUCCCAGCAACUCCCAGCAACUCCCAUCAAACCCCCAACUGGUCCCAGCAACCCCAAGCAACUCAGUCACUCCCAGCUGGUCCCACAUACACAGAAUGAGGCCUUGGACAAAAAGAUAUGGAUAUAUAUGAAAAAAUAUGAAGAGAUUGAUGUAAAUUUUGGCCAUAGAUCAAACUUGAAACUCUUCAUCAUUUCAGAGUGUGUCCCUCCUCGUCCUCAGCAGAUGGUGCUGAUGGAUCACUUCCUGUCUGUCAACUCAUCACAGAGCUGCCUCCUGACUGACACGCUUUACACGGAAACACACAUACAGGGAUUUUUCUAUGUUCUAGGACCUUUCUUCUUUUCCACACACGGACAAGGAGUCAUUUCUGUUUGUAAAUAGACUGAAACGGACUAAACUGGUCUGAACUUUCAGACUAAACUGGUCUGAACAGCCAGACUGAGCCGGUCUGACCCAGACUGAAACGGUCUGAAUCAGACUGAACUGGUCUAAACCGGACUGAACCUGAUCUCGAUGUGAAAAUGUUCAAAAUUCAACAAGUAGGAAUAAAAAGUAAAGAUGGUAAACGAUGGAGAUCUUUGAAGCGGUUUGCAGCCUCACAGCUGGUGUGAAGAAUCAGUUCUGCCGAAUGUAUCCUGACUUGUGUUUGGCCCAAAGACCACCAGUAGACCACCUCUAGAGCCAUGAGGACUUAUUUGGUUCCUACAAAUCAAGAUUAAAAACUAAGAAUUUCUGAAAGUAAAUUUUUGCUUUGAUUGAAGUAUGAUGAAGAAAAGAGGAGAAGAUCAUCUGUCUGCAACCUUCAGAGAUUUAACUCCUGAUUGGCUAGGAUCUGGUUCCUGAUUGGCUAGGAUCUCGGUCCUGAUUGGUUAGGAUCUGGUUCCUGAUUGGUUAGGAUCUGGGUUCUGAUUGGCUAGGAUCUGGGUUCUGAAUGGCUAGGAUCUGGGUUCUGAAUGGCUAGGAUCUGGUUCCUGAUUGGCUAGGAUCUGGGUCCUGAUUGGCUAGGAUCUGGGUUCUGAAUGGCUAGGAUCUGAUUCCUGAUUGGCUAGGCUCUGGGUUCUGAAUGGCUAGGAUCUGGGUCCUGAUUGGCUAGGAUCUGGGUUCUGAAUGGCUAGGAUCUGAUUCCUGAUUGGCUAGGAUCUGGGUUCUGAAUGGCUAGGAUCUGGGUCCUGAUUGGCUAGGAUCUGGGUUCUGAAUGGCUAGGAUCUGAUUCCUGAUUGGCUAGGAUCUGGGUUCUGAAUGGCUAGGAUCUGGGUCCUGAUUGGCUAGGAUCUGGGUCCUGAUUGGCUAGGAUCUGGGUUCUGAAUGGCUAGGAUCUGGGUCCUGAUUGGCUAGGAUCUGGGUCCUGAUUGGCUAGGAUCUGGGUCCUGAUGUGGCUGAUGUAUGUUUAUGACCUCAGAAGUCCUGACUGGUCAUCCUAAUAACUAAUCUGCAGGACUGUAAUUUCUGAAGUGAUGGGGGUUUUGGGGGGGGGGGGUUGGUUCUUGGUCCAGUCUGCUUUGGUUUCCAGACUCAGCAUCAGGCUGUCGGCUCAUUCCUAACGAUGUCGGUGAAAAUGCUUCCCUGAACGACUCCGUCAGGAUUCAGGUUGUUUUUCUGUCGGCUCGGUACCAACUCAUGUGGCUGUUAUGUCUUAACGUUUGUGUUUUUAUAUCCAGUCUUUUAUUAAUCCUGAUCUGCAUCCAGGACCUGAUGCAGCAUCUUCAGACGUUUACGUGCACUUUAAUGCCAAACUUUGCUUUUCUUCAUGGGUGGAAACAGUUCCUGUAGUUUUCACUGCUUCUCUCUGAAUAAGUUUCAAAUCGCUCCAGAUCAAAACCAGAUCUAGUGUCAGGUUGCUGGAUCUGGGUGUGUGGAUGGUGGUGGUUUUACUGAAGCUCAGUGGGGCUCUCUGAGAUGUUUCAUUCCUUCCAGAAAAGGACCAAAUCACAACCUGCAGCAAGGAAUCAUGUUUGGGUCUAGAAUGUAUUUAUUUAUGUUUCCAGCUGCAGGUCGGAGCCACCACCAGCUCCACAGGGACUCCUUCCAGAUCAAUAUUACUGUUGUUUGUUGUAAAGAAGAAAGAAAAAGGGGAGCAGACAGCUGAGCUCCUCCUCUCUUUUCUGCUGGUCACAUUGUAGCGUUAAGAUCUGAUGACCUGAUCGAUCCCAUCAGACAUGAAGAAAAACCUGUCUGAUACCAGAUGCAGCUCUUUGUUGUGGUUGCUUUAAUUUUGUCCUCAUGUUUCGCUCCAAACUGAGUUCAAUUUUAGUCCAAACUCUGGUGUUUGGAGGAUUUUUAACAUUUCAGGUGUGCCAGGAAGCUUCUGCAGGUAUCAGGCUGCAGUCCUGAGAACUGUUGACACGGCCUGAGUUUGCUGGACCAAACUCGAUUUCCUUCAGAACGUCAAAUGUUUUCUAACACAAAAGAAGAAGAUAAUUAAUGAAGCUUUCCUCGUGAUGGUCAUGGAUGGACGGUGCAGGUACCAGAACUUCUGUGUUGGAUCAAACUGUCUGUUGGACGCCAAUAAAAACCUCAUAACUGGGACAGGUGUGAAGAAUGAAGCCGUGGAAACAGAAAUGUUGUGUAUAUGAUGCUAAACUGACUGUGGACCAAGCAGGUCAAUAAAGUUGCAACAUUCAAUGUUGACAAAUUCAAUUCAACUCAACUUUAUUUAUACAGCACAUCAAACAGGAUGUAAAGGACAAAACGAUUAAAUCUAUAAAUCCUCAGAGCUUAAAUAAAGUCAGUGGGACAUAAACUUUA